UUAUACAAACCAUUCAAAGAAAACACGAAGAAACCAUGCUACGUCAUCCGAACUGGACACGUUGCACCCUCGACAGAAUCCCCUAGUACUUCUAUCACACAAGCCGCUCCGGACCAGGACUAAAAGACCUUCUAAUUUGUCGACUAUGCAGAAGCUACUCGCCACCUUUAUAGUAGUUUCAGCGUUGACAGGGAUGCAUGGAAACAAUCCUGAAGAAUGUGACAUCAGCACUUGGUAUUCCAGAGUGUCAUCAGAGGGCCUGUUUGACAGGCCAAUGAGUAUCAAACAAAGAAAAACACACGACACAAUUAAGAAUAUUUUAGCCCAAGGAAGACGUAGGCUUGUUCAAUGCCACAUCUUGCAGGCAUUUGAGAACGAUUUGAAAAGAGUCGGAAAUGAGCAUCACGUGGAGACCGAAAUAAGGAAUAAUGCUCAAAAUGGAGGUCGUCCAGCAAAAUUGCCAAAAGAGAAAAUGGAAAGUGUUGGACUUACAGCAACCCAGUCAAAGAAAGAGGUGGUAAGGGAAGGGCACACAACGAUCAUAUCAAAAGAAAAACUGGAUCAUGAACCAACAUCGACAAAUUCAAACAAAGAGAAGGAAAACAAAGAAAGCCCAACGAUAGAGUCACAUAAGAUAGACAAAGAUUUAAAGCAGUCAGUGACAAUAGAAAAUAAAGAAAAAUUACGAGAAAAAGAGAAGGAAAACGAUCAAUCCAUUGUACAGGAAGAUGGUGAUUCAAACGUUGAUGGCACUAAACAAAUACAAUCCCCAAUGCACAAUAAUGAGUUAGAUAUGAACAACAAUUCCGGGUCUACCACAAAAGACGAAGAAAUUACACUGGCAAAUAACAGCGAGGAAGACGAAACAGAAAUCGACGACGACGAAGAAGAGGAAAGAAAUGGCGGGGAUCUAGAAAACGACGACAGACAAAGGGAUGACGACGAAGACAACGAGAAAUAUAACGAAGAAAUCAACACAGCUCCAAAUAGCUAUUCAUCCUCUUCAGAAUUUGGUAGUCGGGGUAAAACUGAUAAGCCUGCUAAUAGAAACAACGAGACACAGAAUGACACACUUCCAAACGAAAGAAUUUGCAAAAGAUUCACUUGGAGCUUACAGCGUCAUCUGGUUUUAAAAACCUCGCCAAUGGAGGAAGGAUAUACUCAAAACCAACGGUUAAUCGGACACAGUUGCCAGGCGUUCUACGUCAUCUCGCCUACGUACUGCGGAUUACGAAAGAGAGAUUUAUUAGAAAAUGAUUUGAGGCAAAAUGUGACAAUUGUAAAACCAAAUCAGAACGGCCUCACAAGGAAUGAAGACAAAGUAUCAACAGAGUUCAUAACAAAAGUAUCGACAGAAAAAUUCAACGUUAUACCUAAUGUUCAGAUGGAACAAACGGAAAAGAAAGAAUGGAAAGGAAACGAUGUAGCAUCUGUAGAUGACAGAAAUGCAAAUGCAAAAUAUACUACAUUUAAAAGGACCGUCCUCGAUGACAAUUUGUCAAAUAGUCAAAAAGAUACAAUAAAAUCUAUAGAAAAUCUUAAAUUAGAAGAGACAUCAAAUAUAGAAGAACUUAAACUUUUAGUUUCAUCAAAAACAGAGGAAUACACAAAGAAGAUACACUCUCUGGAGCUUAAUCUGAUUAAACUAGAAAAUCAAAUGUUGAUGGAGAAACUUAACAAAGAAAACCACUCAAGCACUAUAGCAAGGUUAGAAAAUGGCAUACUUCGGUUAGAAAAUGAACUUUUAAGAAUGAGGCAAAACUUUCAUCACAUGAAAAUUGAUAAUGAUGAACUGAAGAAAACGCAACGCAAAUACCUUGAACUUGGCCACAUUUCUGAAAACCAUUCUUUACAAAGACAAAACAACCGCGAUGAAAUGUUGUUAGAACAACAAAAAACGAUAAGCAUGCUUUCAGAAAAACUACAGAAUCAGUCCGACAUUAUAUUGCGUCUAAAGAAUAGAUCAGAACACAUUGAUGAUCAAAAUAGGAUACUACACUCUUUGAUCAUAAAUCAAACUACUUUGGUUUCACAGAUCAUGGCCAAAGUACAAACAUUAACAGAGCAGUCUCUUCAACAUCAGCAAGAAGCAAAUGAGAUGAAAGAGCAACUUAAAUAUGGACUAGCAAAUGUAGAAGCAAUGAAAAAUGAUCAAGGUAGACAACAGGAAAAAGAAUCGACCAUAGAUUCAAACCAACUCACUGUAGAAGACCUGUCACAACAUCUGCUUCAACAGUUAGACGACUUAGUGUCAGAUAAGAAAUUAGAAGGUGCAGAAAAUGUUCAUGCUAUAUCUACUUCCGAAGAAGGUGUGGAAGACGAAGUGGAUGAACAAUUGAAACAAUAUUUACAUUUUGCAUCCGUUUCUCACUUAUUAAAACCAGGCCAUUGGUGCGAUUCUCGUGUGCAUUGUUACAACGGAAUCAUCACUUUGUCCGAUUGUAUUCCAUACUCUUUUGUGAUUUAUUCUAUAUGUGAGGUUCAGAGUGAAAGACAUGGCAAUGAAAAAGAUGAUCAGGACAAUAUACAUAUAUUAGAACAUAAGAAACAAACAACAGAUAAAGACACUAUACAUAUGUUAAGAAAUAGUGAACAAACCACAGAAAAACAAACGUCAAAAGAAAUAAACGAAUCAGGUUCCUCCCAAAACCUUUUACCACCUAACCCUGAUGACGGCUCACACUUUAGACAUGAAAAGUUUGCGAAUGCUAUGAAUUCUGAUGAAGUGAACAUAGAAAUGAAAUCCAAUGAUACUGAACAAAUCGCUGAAGUAAAAACAAAGGACCAACAUGUUAACAACUUGAUGAUCAAAACAAAAGAAAUUGUCGAGGAAAACACUGUUCAAAAUGUAAAAGAUAUAAACAUAGCUAUUAAAGAGGAAAUGGACUUAAGUAUAGAAAAUAACACAAAAAUUGGAAAUGUAAAAGCCAAACAUAUAAAAAGUUCUUUCAAACAAGAGUCAAUGAUAAAAUCAGAUGGAAAUGAAAGUGGAAGUAUCGAUUAUAAAAAUGAAAAAGAGAACGAUAUAAUUGGGAUUGAAGAAAAGCACCAAACAUUAAAAUCAGAGAAAAGUAGCCUAAAGAGCGAUGAUAAAAAAGAAAUAGAUAUGAAACCAAAAUUAGGUAGAACAAACUCUGCUCCUCGUAAACCUGUAAGAUAUGCUUCAAAUGGACAGAGCGACCCAAAAGACUGUUACGACUAUUUCCUGAAAGGAAACUCAAGAAAUGGGGUAUAUAAGGUUCGUCCAUAUGGUACUAACCGACUUGUACAAGUUUACUGCGAUAUGAAGAAUGGAGGAUGGACAUUGAUUCAGAAACGACAAGAUGGAACUACGAAUUUCUUUCGUGAUUGGGAGGAUUACAAAGAGGGCUUUGGAGGCGUCUAUGGAGAGCACUGGCUUGGGAACAGCUUGAUUCAUAGACUUACAAAUCAAGAUCAUUACAUUCUCAGAAUUGAAAUGAUGGACUGGGAUAAAAAUAAACGGUUUGCUGAAUAUACAAAAUUUAUUGUGGACCAUGAAGAUGAAGGAUAUAAAUUACAUGUUGGUGGAUAUAAGGGAGAUGCUGGUGACGGCAUGAUUAAGCAUAACAAUCAGAAGUUCUCUACUAGAGACGUUGACAAUGACCAAGUUGUUAAGGAAUUCGGAGGAAGUUGCGCGAAGAGAUUUCACGCAGCUUGGUGGUAUUAUAAGUGUUAUCAAAGCAACUUGAACGGAAAAUACUACAGAAAUGGAAAAGUUGACGAUAAAAAAUUUGAUGGUGUUGCUUGGAAGCCAUGGACAGGAGCCAAUUACUCCCUAAAGGAAGUUGAAAUGAAAAUUAGACCAAUAUCUAAUGAAAAUUAGAAUAAAAUGAUUCAUUAUUUUGUUUUGAUACAUUUUCAAGUAAUUCACCCCAUCAGUAUUGACUCUAUUUUUUUAAAACGAAAACAACUCGUUUGACACAUCCGAAAGCAAAUGACAAUGUGAAAAUAUACCGUAUAUGAAUUAAGUGAUUGGUGUCAUGAACAUGUACUAAGUUGAACUGAAACAAUAGCAGAUUUAUACAAAUUGCGCCAAAUUGUUACUGUUUUUUUUAAAAUAUAAUAAUGAAAUAAUUGCUUAAAUCGAUAACAGCAAUUUAUUUAAUAUCAACACGAGAAUAACUGGUUUUAAACAAGGGUAUUCUAGAUUAUAUCGACACAUGUAAUUGCUUUUUAUUUAUGAGUUCUAUACUAUUACGCAUGCGUAUUUACCGUAAACAAAACACAUGCAGGGCUAGCGAAGAUUUUCUUGGACACGUGUGUUGAUAAAAUAUGUCUUUUCUACUUCUCCCAGGUAAUAAUUGUUCAAUGUUUAAAAACCACAAUUAUUAUUUUGUAAGCAUGUAUUUUUCGUGUUUAUCGUAAGAGUUGCUAGAACCUAAAUUCAUUUUUGUAAAUGACGUCCCUUGAGGGGUUAUUUGACAUACCGGUAUUUAUGUCCGUUCAUUUUAAAAUGAACCGAAAUUGGUAAAACAUUUAUAAAUUAUCGAGUAAGGGAGGGUGUGUUCCGUUUAGAGAUUCAUGAUGACCGUAGUCGGACGAAAAUUUUGUAGUUUUCAGCACGUGUCAAUUACUGUCAAUCAAAGUCCACGUGGUACAAAUAAACGAUAUAAGAUUAUUCCGGUUUGUACGACCCUUAAAUUUGCGGAAGCUCAUAAUUACGUUUCUCAAGUAUGUAAAAGGGAUUUUUAUGUAUUUCAACUAUUACAAUCACCUUUAUUUCUUAUUUCUUAACGAUAAAAUAGGUAAAUCUGAAGUUAUUCACACAUGUGUUUUCAGCUGUACUGUCUCUUUAACCUUUAGUCUUAGUAAAUGUAUAUCUUUUUAAUAUUUCAUUUAUAGGGAUAGUCAAUACAAUGUCAGGGCCCUUGCUCGUGCUAUAUACCAUGACGAAGUCUUUUACGAAUUAUAGAUUGAUAUGCAAGUCUAAGCAAUACGGUGUUCUUUUUGAUGUUUUAAACCAAUAAUUGUGCCAGUAUUUGUACUUUUUUUUAAAGAUUUUUUUAUUUCUACAUACACGAAGAAAAAAAAUUGAAGUGAAUGUGGAUAACUUAAGAAAAUCAUUGAUGACUGCUUAACAAUGUCAUUAAAUACUUCACAGUAAUAACCGUUAGAUACUAAACAUUUUAAACAAUUGUGCAAAAUAUUUAAAGAAAUGUAAUAAUAUUGGGGAUGAAUACCAAAAUAAACACCUAUCUUGCCCCUUGAGAAAAUCGUUACAAAUCUUUACAAGGGGCUGUUGUAUUUUAUAAUAUUAUUGAAUUAUUGUGUAGUGUACCAUAGCUUGGCGUGUUUUCUAUUGUUAAAAGUGUGGGUUAUCUGUACAUACCCCACGUUUUUGUUUUAAAACUACGUCCACUAUCUUAGGUAAAAAAAUAAAUAAAUGUUCUUACACGUCCAUAAUACUGUUCAUAAUAAGAGAUUCCUCCCGGUCAAAAUUUCCAAAAACUCAACAUAGAUGACUGACUCAAACUAAGUUCGUCGAAUAAAUCUCAUUUGGAGCUCGAGACAAAACAAUAUCGGUAUUGGCCUUGUCAGAAUGACUCUAUUUUGAUAUUCUUCUCCAUGUAUGCGAACAAGUGAAUAAACGCGUGCAAGAUGAAAUAGGGGUAUAAUGUAGAAAGGUUUUUAAAGAAAGUCAAUCACGUGAUAGGAAAGCACGCGUUUGAAUAGUAAACUUUUUUGUGGACAUAAUGAAUGGCGGUGCCCAGUCGGAUUAAGUACAUUUAUCAUUCACGGUUUCACGACAUUAUU